AUGGCGCGUCGAUCAGCUCGUCUGCUCAAGCGCGAGACUACGCCCUCCGAAGAUAGUUGGCACACUGCCUCGUCGCCCAACUUGGGCCUUCCAGAUCUUCCAGAAUUGCCAGAGCCUGGUAUGGCGCGGAAGACGCCCUCGAACGCCUCUGCAGGCCCCAAGGCCCAGUCAAAGUUACCGCAAGCGGCCGCGACACCCACACCUCAUAAGAGCAAAUCAACCAAGUCGCUCAUUGAUGACGCCAAGAGCCAAACACCCAAAGAUCGCACUCCGAUCAAGCCGGCAGGACAGGAGAUGCAUCCAGCGCAUCACCACGCGAGCACAGCCAAGAUCCUAGAUGAGGCGCGCUGGCUCGGUUUUCAGUCACUGGGUACCGCGCCAUCCAAAGCGACCGGCCUGGCGGGUCAGGCAACGCCCUCGAAGACUCCUGUAGCUGCCUCUUCGAUGGCCAAUGUUGGGUCAUCGCCUGACUUCCGCUUCCGCUUCAAGUCGCCUUUCUCGAAACAAGACGAAGCCACGCUGAGCCCAAGCUCGCGCAACAUCCUGAAAGACGCUGGGAUCGCAGGCACUCCUGGUGGUGGUAGCCGUGCUCUGUUCGGCACGAGCGAGUGGUCCUCCAAGGUCGACGUGUCUCCCCAGCGCAAGAUGGCCGAAGCCAAGGGCAAGAUGGCUCGCUUCAGCGACGUACAUAUGAAGCAGUUCAAGAACAUGGACUCCAUCGCGAACCACCCGUCAGCUUUCCGCGCCGACCCGACACGAUUCAAGCCCGUCGUAGGCCAGUCGCUCAAGAAGUCGCCCUCGAAACCAGAGCUCGCGAACCCGGAGACAAACAAACUCAAGCGUACACAGUCGAAGGCCGAUAUGGCGGAGCCGAGCUCGAGUGCCGCUGGUGGUCUAAAGCGCACACAGUCGAAGAUGGACCUCGCAGGAUCUGGAAGCAAGAUUCCCCCAACCCCGUUGAAGCGCACUCAAUCCAAGAUGGACCUCACCGGAUCUGCCCUGCCACGCUCCCAGUCAACAGCUCGCAUGGCUCCUCCUACACGCGAUGGACGACCGGCCUCCCGCGACGGCGACGGCGACCGUAAUCCGGUAGCUAAGCGUGUCAAGCGCACCGAGUCUGACGAUGCUGCCACCACCCGCCCUGCGUCUCGUGAAAAGAUGUCCGAUGUCCCAGCCCGCGCAGCUGCUACUCCGGCCCGCAAGAAGACAUCUCAAACUGCACUUCCUCGUCUAGCUGCGCGAUUGAUGACGCCUACAAAGUCGUCUAUUGCGCGUUCACAGAGCGUCAAGACUCUGAAGACGACAUCGAUGAUUCCAACCCUAGGAAAGUCGCCUUCCACGAACAACCUGGGAGCUUCGCCAUCUGUCAAUCGUAGCUUCGAGUCGUCCUCUGCCCGUAAUACCUUCUCUCCUCCUAGCAACAUUGGCCAUCUGCAGACUUUGAGGGACAAUGCACGCGAGAGCAUGCGCAAGGCAAGCAGCAACUUGCAGCGCGUCCGGUCAAUUCUUCGCACGCCAAACCGCAAAUUCUCGGACGAUCCUAGCAAAAUCGCGGCAGGCACUCACAUGUCACCCCCGACCAUGAGCCUCGACAAAGCACCGUCCCUGGUUCCUGCUACAGCUCCUGUGAAGAAGCAAGUCAACUUCAGCAGUAGUACUUUGGAGCGCGCGUCGCACGACGAGCUGGGCAAAUCACCGUCCCCGAUGAAGUUCAGGGCAGGCAGUGAAGUGCCUGCUGGUGCCGUGAUCUAUCCUAGUCUCGGCUCAGGAGCACACAAUGGCCCAGAUCUUUCUCAAGAGAUUGAAACUCUGACCGCUUCUCCAUCUCGUCGCCUCACGUUCGGUGGUGAAGCUCCUAAUCAUCCACGUUCCUUUUCCUUCGAGUCCGGCAGCACUGUCAACUUCGGCCCUGUACCGACUGGCACGAUCCGUAUGGUACGUCCGAGCGAUGCGUCUUCUCUUGUCGACGGCACCAAGCGCAAGUUGGAGACCCUACAGGAGACAUCUGACAAGGAGAACGAUGGACCCAACGACGACGACAUGCGCUCCAACAAGAAGAUGAAGCGGACACCUGCACCCGCUCCAAAGGCCCCUGCCAGCGCAAGCAAGCCAGCUCGCCACACCCCAGGACGUACGGGCGCUAUCAGCAAGUCAAGGCUCGCCUUCCUUGCUACGCCUAAACGAAGCAGGGCGUAA